CAAAGAAACCGGGAAGGCUCGGAUUAACACCCGCCAAAUCAAAAUUCCCCCUUCACCUUUCAGCGUCAGAAAAUAAGAAAAAUCCCAAAAAAUUCCAAAAAUAAAGAAAAAAGCACCAAAUAAUCGCAUCUAAUCUAACCGUAGAGAGAGAAAUACAGGGAGUGUGGAAGAGAGAGUGCGGUUGAGGUUUGUGGCUAUGGAGGAGAAGCUGAUACAGAGGCUGGAAUCGGCUGUGUCGCGCUUAGAGGCGCUGUCGCUGUCCGGUGGUGGAGGGUCGGCGACAGCCCGGGGUUUCGAGGAUGCGCCGCUGGAUCCGUCGAUUGUGGCUUAUGAGGAUCUGAUUGGGCAGUACCUGGGUAGGGUUUCGGCCGCAGCUGAGAAGAUUGGGGGGCAGGUGCUGGACAUCACCAAGGUUCUCCAGCAAGCUUUUUCUACUCAGAAGGACCUGCUUAUCCAGGUUAAGCAAACUCAGAAACCUGACAAUGCAGGGUUAGCUGAGUUUCUGAAACCACUGAACGAGGCCAUCACAAAGGCAAAUUCUUUGACAGAAGGGAGGCGCUCUGAUUUUUUUAAUCACUUGAAGACUGCUGCUGACAGUCUCUCAGCUUUGGCAUGGAUUGCUUAUACAGGGAAGGAAUGUGGUAUGAGCAUGCCUAUUGCACAUGUCGAAGAAAGUUGGCAGAUGGCUGAAUUCUACUGCAACAAGAUUCUUGUGGAGUAUAAAACCAAAGACCCAAAUCAUUUAGAGUGGGCCAAAGCUCUCAAGGAACUGUAUUUGCCUGGUUUAAGAGAUUAUGUUAAGAGUUUCUAUCCAUUGGGUCCAGUUUGGAGUUCAACCGGAAAAGCUGUAACUGCUGCUUCUUCAAAACCAAAAGCUCCUGCACCAGGUGCCCCUGCUCCUCCACCUCCUCCAUCAGCAUCACUCUUUAGCUCCGAAACUUCACAGGCUUCAUCAUCUCGCUCCAAAGAAGGGAUGGCAGCUGUUUUCCAAGAGAUUAAUUCUGGAAAGCCUGUGACUUCAGGUCUGAGAAAGGUGACAGCUGAUAUGAAGACAAAGAAUCGUGCUGACAGAAGUGGCGUUGUUGGUACGCAUGAGAAGGAAAGUCGUACGAGUUCACCUGCUGUUGCUAAAGUAGAACCACCAAAGUUUGAGCUCCAAAUGGGUCGCAAGUGGGUUGUUGAGAAUCAGAUUGCGAAGAAAGAUUUGGUUAUUAGUGAAUGUGAUUCGAAACAGUCUGUAUAUAUUUUUGGGUGCAAAGAUUCUGUUCUUCAAAUUCAAGGGAAAGUAAACAACAUUACCAUUGACAAAUGCGCUAGCAUGGGAGUCCUGUUUACGGAUGUUGUGGCUGCUUGUGAGAUCGUAAAUUGCAACCGUGUUGAGGUGCAAUGCCAGGGCUCCGCUCCUACAGUUUCAGUGGACAACACAGCUGGCUGUCAAUUUUAUUUGAGCAAAGAUGCUCUGGGGGCAUCUAUAACAACUGCUAAGUCCAGUGAGGUCAAUAUAUUGGUACCCAGUUCUGGAGCUGAUGGUGAUUGGGAGGAGCAUGCUUUGCCGGAACAGUUUAUUCAUAUGUUUAAGGACGGUCGCUUUGAAACUACUCCAGUCUCUCACUCAGCCGGAGGGUAAUUUGGACUCUUUUUAUACCAAUUAUCUCGUACUUGAAGAAGAAAAUACUAGGAUGGAUUGAGGAUUGGCUUUUUUAUUGUUCUUCUUUCUACUUUCUCCUUUGUUCAAUUGCUUUCAUUUUAUAAGGGUGACACAUUCCCAGCCUUGUGGGUUAUGCUCUUAUCAAUCUCACCGGUGGUUUGUCGGAUUAUCAAACCAGGUGAUUGAUUUACAUGUCUCAUGGAAAAUGAGAUUCUUUUGCAUGAUUGUUUUUGGAAGAUUGUUUCUAGAUGAGUGUUGUAGCGAUGUUUUUUCGCAAUUGCGAGUGAGCUGGAAUUAGCACUUUUGCUCUUGUAAUACAUUAUCUCAAUCUUUUUGUUCUUGAUCAUAUAUUUGUAGUUACUUUCGACAUUA